GGAUUAAGCGCGCUCGUGAUAAACGCUACCGACACGCUUAAAGUCACAGUUCGUUUUUAAGUCGGCUUUUUACGCGAAGGACAGCUUGAAGCUACACUGACAAGGCAGUAUAGAAGUACCGAAAGACUUCAAGAAUGCAAUUGUCCAGUGUAUUGGCGAGUGUUCUGGUGUUGGUGGUGUUAAGGUGUGAGGCAGGUCCUCACUCACUGAUGACCAUCAAGGACAACGGCUAUGACAACAUCCUGGUGGCCAUACAUAAGGAUGUGAAAGAAGAGUCGAAGAUCGUCGAUGAAAUACAGAAAAUGUUUCAAGACGGUUCCACUUACUUUUACCAAGCCAGCCGCAAGAGGGCCUUCUUCCGUAACGUCACCAUCCUCAUCCCGGACACGUGGCAAGACAAGCCAGAGUACGAAACCGCACUGAGAGAGAACUACGAGAUAUCUGACAUACGCGUGGCCCCAGAAAACCCUCUCUAUGGCGACCUCCCUUACACUAAACAGCCUGGGCAGUGUGGGGACCCUGGGGAGUACGUCCACUUCACCCCGGGGUACGUCCGAGAUGACCCCGAGGUGAACAGAGAAUACAAAUGGGGAGAGGCAGGUCGCAUCUUGGUCCACGAGUUCGCCCAUCUUCGUUACGGCGUCUUCGACGAGUAUGGUAUGGAAGAGGACGAGAACUACCCACUGUUUUACCUUCAUGGACGGCGUCCGCGCGUCACUGGCUGUACUACGGCCGUCAUGGGGCGCUACUUGACCAAGACCUCCUUCGGCCGCUGUCAGCUCGACAGGAACACUGGCCUCCCGGAGAAAGACUGUCGUUUCUUUCCUGAACUGAAAAGAAACAGAGCCAAAGCCUCCAUAAUGUUCUACCAAUUCAUCGACAGCGUCCACGCUUUCUGUGAGAACAAGCCCCAGGACAGACACCACACCCACAACACGUUGGCGCCAAAUAUGCAAAACAAGCUCUGUAAUAACGCGGGAACAUGGGACGUCAUCAAACAGCACGAGGAUUUCACUGGCUCCAACAAUCCUGCACGAGAUAUCUCCGACACUUCCCCCAAGUUCAGGUUGGUAUACAAGCGUCCAGUAAGACGCGCAGUGGACAACAAGGUCAUUAAGGGCAAGCGGGUCGUCAUGGUUCUGGACAUGUCCUGGAGUAUGAGGAAGCAAAACAGACUGAGGAAAAUGACUCAGGCUGCCAGCAUCUUCAUCCGGGACAAUGUACCAGUGGGGACAGAAAUUGGUGUCAUUGGUUUCCACGACAACGCAACAAUCCUUGAGAACCUAACCAUAAUUGAGAGUAAAACAGACGCCAAGCAGAUGUCUAAUCGCCUUAAUGCGGCUCUGACAAAGGAAGGAGGCAAUACCGCGAUUGGAAAAGGCUUACUGCAAGCCAUAGACUCACUUGGCAAGGACGGCAUAUCUCCAGAGGGCUCUAUUAUUAUUCUGAUCACAGACGGCCAGCAGAAUGUCGAGCCCUAUACCUGGGAACUUUUCGCCAACCGAACUCUGGAGACGGCAGGAGUGACCGUAAACACAAUCGCCUUUGGCGCACAGGCAGAUGACAUUCUGGAAGAGGUCGGGAAGAGAACAGGCGGAAUGUCUUUUUACGACUCGGAAGCCAAAGGAUCUACUGGUCUGGCAUCAGCAUUAGACCGUCUUGGCGAGGAGUUGGCCUUGGAAGAUUCCACUGAGCCGAGUGUUCAGGUGAACGCUUAUACUGUCGAUCUGCCUCGAAAAGACGACACACAUGACAAAUCCGUCUUUAUUGAUGAGACUAUUGGUAAGAACACGGAGUUCAUCUUCACGUACUUAGAGUACGGAGGGAUAUCUGUUGUUUUACGCGACCCAAGUGGUAAGACUUACACAGUCGGCAGUCCCCAGUACGAACACGAUGAGCCAGUCCGUAUCGUCCGUGUGUCCAUUCCCUCUGCACAGGUUGGACUGUGGAAGUACACCAUAACCAACACCGCCACAACCAAACAGACCGUGCAAGUUGACGUCAAAUCCCGUUCACGCGAGAACUCUCAGCCAAUCAGAGUGCGCGCGUGGAUGAGCGCCACCAACGUGGACGUGCAGAAAGCGAGGGCGGUCGUUUAUGCCGAGGUUUCCAAGGGAUACGCUCCGAUAGUUAAUGCUAAGGUCGUUGCCACGGUUGACAGACCGCAAGGAGAUCCGUUAGAGCUGGAGCUUAAAGACAAUGGUGCCGGUGCGGACAACCAGAAGGACGAUGGCGUUUAUUCAGCCUAUUUCACCAACUUUAACGGCAAUGGCAGGUAUGGCGUGAGUGCAAAAGUCAGCAUGGAGGACGGGAAAGCUGGAGUGAAGACUGCUGGAAGCAAGGCCAGCGCUGCUGCAUACAAGGACCCAAGUCUGGCGCCCACAAUUGUUGCCGUCGUUUCCCCCUUGCCUAGCGGGAUAACCCGUGCCACUCCCGGUGGAGCAUUCCGUGUAACCGGGGCGAACGGCACUGACCUGUACCCUCCGUCCCGUGUCACUGACCUGAAAGUGGCCAGCUAUUCCUACGCUGACCAGACCGUGACCUUGGCUUGGACUGCACCCGGGGGUGACCUGGACUACGGAACAGCCGCUUCAUAUACCCUCUAUCAGACGACAAACGCCUCUCUCUUAACUGACCUGAGUCAGGCGAAGGUUGUCUCCAAAGCUGACGUCAUGUUUGGUCACCUUGACCCCCUUCCCUCCGGGAGCCUGCAGACAGUCACAAUCAAAGUCCCUAGCGCCGGAGAUGACGUGGAAUACGCCUUCGCGCUGAUAGCACGUGACGGAAACGGAAACACGUCACCACUGUCUAGCUACGCCACGGCCGUCAUGCGCACGCAGAGUAACGACGGCCUCAGUAUGGGUGCCAUCGGGGCGAUCAUUGGCGGCACACUUGGCGGCCUGGUUAUCGUCUGUGUCACUGUGAUUGUUGUGGCGAAGAUGAUGUCCAAGAACAAAGUGAAAGUGCUGAAGGCAGGCAACUCCUCACAGGUCAAUCUAACCAUAGCUGAUUCCCCACGUGAAGAUAUGUAUCUCACCCCAAAGCCUUACCUGAAUUAAGGCAUUGCAGAGGGAGUUUUUAUACCUUAUAGGCACAUUAUCUUAAAUGAACUACGUGUAUGUGAAAACGUUACCCAAUUAUUUUCUAUAAGAGUGGAAAAGAGCCAAGAAAAGAAAGAGACUCAUUUUCAAACAGUUAGCUCUAAAUUGAUCAAAUUUUUGUCUUUGAAAAAAGUUUAAUUUAAUACUAUAUUGUAGCAUGUUUUCGACAUAUACUUUAUAUAUGAGAAAGACUUCGACAAGCUUAUGAACUAGUCGUGUGUUAGUAGGGAAAUUUAAGUUAACAUGAUACAAAUAUUUGAUGCCGCUCUUCCUUUAUAGUUACCCAAGAAAGGUCACUUAUUGCACAAAAAGCUUAUUUUUUGUUUAAAUGAACGAUCGCAAAUCUUAUUUAAACUUGGUAAUAUCCAAAGCUCUAUCCCGAGUUACAUUCUGUCAACCGAAAUUCAGAAGUUCCAACCAAAUUGCAAACGACACAUUAUUUGUUAUUUUGCUUAAUACCACUAUAUACAGGCACUGUAUGAUACGGCCAUGCUUAGUAGACGAAAUAAAAUGUUUUACAUGAG